GCCGCCUUCCUUGCCAGCUAACGACCCAUUUUCCCAGCAGCCAAACAGGCCGUAGAUCUCCUUCCCUGUAAAUCCAAAGCACCCGGUUUUCAUUUGUUUGCUUGGAAUCCGAAGCACCCCUGAAACACACUCUCGAUCAAAUUUGCCAGAAAAGAAAAAAAAAAAUUCUCUUCAUUCUAAUAAAAUUUUCUCGUUCGCCAAAUCUCUCACAAAAACCAAAGGGGAAGAAUGGGAAGCAAUGCACCUACGAGCAGUGAUAGAACGAGAACAAAUUGGACGCCAACAAUGGAACGAUAUUUCAUUGAUCUUAUGUUAGAUCAAAUGCAUAGGGGUAAUAGAUUAGGUCAUACAUUUAACAAACAAGCUUGGACUGAUAUGUUGUCCAUUUUCAAUGCAAAGUUUGGGUGUAAAUAUGAUAGGGAUACUUUGAAAAGUCAUUAUACAAAUUUGUGGAAGCAGUAUAACGAUGUGAAGAACCUUCUUGAGCAAAACGGGUUUAGUUGGGAUGACACAAGGAAAUUGGUAGUUGCCCCACCGAAUGUCUGGGAUGCGUAUGUCAAGGGUCAACCAGAUGCACAGGUAUAUAGGAAUAAAACUUUGAUGAAUUUCAAUGACUUGUGCUUGAUAUAUGCGUAUACACAAGCAGAUGGAAGAUACAGCCGGUCAAGUCAUGAUAUUGACUUUGAUGAUGAUGCUCAAGGGGUGAAUUUCGCUGUUGGCAGUACCAUUCCUACAGCAAGUGAUGAGCGCCCAAAAAUAGAAUGGACGUUGGCCAUGGACCAAUACUUUAUUGAGCUUAUGCUGGACAAUCUAAGAAAGGGCAAUAACAGUAAGAACACAUUCAACAAACAAGCAUGGAAUGCGAUGCUUGGUUCAUUCAAUGCCAAGUUUUGUUUUCAGUAUGGAAAAAGCUUUUUAAGGCGUAGAUAUAGGAAACUGUUGAAGCACUACAGUGAUGUUCAGAGUCUACUUCAACAAAAAGGGUUUUCUUGGGAUGAUAAACAACAAAUGGUAGUUGCUGAUGAUCGUGUUUGGGAUAACUAUAUCAAGGCACAUCCAGAUGCCCGUACCUACAGAAAGAAGAAGAUGCCAAACUACCAAGGCUUGAGGUUGAUUUAUGGAAAUGCAAACAAUAAUGGAGUUUCAAGUCAUAUGUGCCAAGGAAGAAACACUGGGCCUAAAAUAUUACCAGCAUGGAAUGGUGGAGAAAACAAAGGCCAUCACCAUGAUAGAGGUGAGAUGCUGGGUACACAUUGGACACCAGCAAUGAAUUGUCAUUUUAUUGACUUGUUGCUUAACCAAGCACUUGGAGGGAAUAAAAUUGGUCAUUUGUUCAUACCUGAGGCGUGGACUCAAAUUGUUGCACUGUUCAAUGUAAAAUUUGGAUGUCACUAUGAUGAAGAUGCUUUGAAGUCUCAGGCCAAACACCUGAGGAUGCAAUAUAAUGACAUAAAGAUACUACUAGAACAGGAUGGCUUCUCAUGGGAUGACACACGAGAAAUGGUCAUUGCUGCGGAUUAUACUUGGGAUGCAUACAUGAAGGCACUUCCCAACACUCAAUCAUACAAAAACAAAACGGUGCCUGACUAUCACAAACUAUGUGUUAUAUUUGGCCAAGAAAGUUCUAAUGGAAGGUGCAGUAUGGCCCACAAAAGUGUGUAUCUUGAAAGUGAAGACCCAGAUUUGAUGAUUGGAGAUGCCUCCCAAUUCCAUGCUAGUAAUGGUUGUUCAAGGGUAGAUUGGACUCCUCUGAUGGAUCGACAUCUUAUUGACCUUUUGUUAGAGCAAGUGCAUAGAGGCAACAGGAUAAGUGAUGUUUUAAAUACUGAAGUAUGGAUGGAUAUUUCUUUUUCAUUUAUGGAAAGUUUUGGAUUACAACUUGAUGAGGAAUUUUUGAGGAAUCAUCAUAAAAGUCUAGGGAAACAAUAUCAUGAUAUGAGGACUCUUCUUGAUCGGAGAGUGUUUUCUUGGGAUGAAACACGUCAGAUGGUUACAGCCCGUGAUGAUGUUUGGGAUACCUAUAUCAAGGAAUACCCAGAUGUUGAGUCGUACAGGAACAAUUCUAAGCCAAAUUAUAAUGAUUUGUGCUUGAUCUAUGAAAAUUCAACUGAUGGGAAGGACCGGAGAUCAGGUCGAGAUGCCGGCUGCAAUGGAUAUGUUCGAGGAACCAUACUGAAAAAUGGCUACUGUCGGAGAACUGAUUGGAUACCAUCAAUGGAUCGAUAUUUCAUUGAUCUAAUGCUAGAGCAAGUCCGUCAAGGGAGUUUGAUUGAUAAAAAAUUUAACAAGCUUGCCUGGGGUGAUAUGGUUGCAAAAUUUAGUGCAGAAUUUGGGCAUCAAUAUGACAAAGAUGUCCUAAAAAGUCGUUUUAUGAACUUGAGGAAAAGAUUCAAUGAUAUGAAAAAUCUACUCGACCAUGAUGGAUUUGCUUGGGAUGAGAUGCGACAGAUGAUCAUUGCUGAUGAUAAUCGCUGGGCUACUUAUCUAAAGGAACACCCUGAUGCGCGAUCAUACUGCAACAGAACUCUUCCUAGUUAUAAUGAUUUGUUCUUGAUUUAUGGAGAUGCAAGUAUACAUGGGUGGCAUUUGGAGGCAGAAAAUUAUGCCGGUGAAGAGGAGGAUGAAUCCCCUUCUAGUAGCAGUCCAACGAGGAUACAUGGAACGGGUAGUGUGGGUAUAAAAUCAGAGAUUGACAAUGAUCCUCUUGAUAUGGGGUUCAAUGAUAUCUUUGGGGAUCUGCAAUCUCUGGCUGCAGAGUUUGAAAUACCUGAUCAAAGGAAAAGGCGGAAAGCUGAUGCUUCAUCAAUGCCAGCAUCAAGAAAAGCCCCAAGAACCAAUCAAGAAACACUACAUCCAUUUGAUGGGAGGCCACUUAUGGUCAAAACUAGUUUUAACAAUGAAGACCAAUAUUAUAGCUCCAUUGAAAGCAUAGUUGAUGCUCUUCAAGCCAUACCGGGCAUGGAUGAUGUGCUCUUCUUAGAUGCUAGCAAACUUCUCGAAGAUGAGCAAAAUGCCCAGAUGUUUGUGGCAAUGGAUGUCAAUCAACGAAGGAAGUGGUUAUUAAGAAAGCUUAGGCGAUAGCAUCCUUUUAUCUUUCUUAGCAUGUAAAAGUUGUUUCACUUCAACAGUUAAUGUCCAUGUAAAUUAUUCUUCCUCUUUGGAUCUCGAUUUGCAAAUCAGUUGACAUGUUAAAUGGUCAGCCCAAUGUUCGGCAGACAACAUUUUACAAAUGUUGAGAUUGGUGAAAAUUUACUCUGCAAGCUUGUUAUGAAUGAUGUGGCUUCAGAUUUUAUUUAAUCCAGAUUGACAAGCCAAGAUCCAUCGUUUCCAUUUAUCA